AUGAGGUCGUCGUCAAUUUCAUUACGUCCACUGCGGCGAGCGCUGGCGCCGUCGGUAUCGACACAGCUGCUGUCGCCCCUUGUUGCGGCCCCCCGGCUCUACUCGACACACCCGCCCAAUGCGAAGCUCAACAUACCCGUGGACUAUGCGACAACAUCACUCCUCGCGCACUCUUCACAAACUGCUCUCGGCACGGCUGAAUUACCGGCGGAGGUGCGCGAUGGCACGACCAAGAAGAUGAACCUGUUCCAAGCCAUUAACGACGCUUUGUCCAUCGCCCUGGCCGAGGACGACUCCGUCAUGGUCUUCGGCGAGGACGUUGCCUUUGGCGGCGUCUUUCGGUGCACGAUGAAGCUGGCAGAGACUUACGGUGCCGACCGCAUCUUCAACACGCCAUUGACGGAACAGGGUAUCAUGGGUUUCGCUAUUGGCGCAGCCGCGGAGGGUAUGCGGCCCGUUGCGGAGAUUCAGUUUGCCGACUACAUCUACCCAGCCUUUGACCAGCUUGUCAACGAGGCGGCAAAGUACCGGUACAGAGACGGCGCCUGCGGCCGGAGCGUCGGCGGCUUGACCGUACGGAUGCCCUGCGGCGGAGUUGGCCACGGCGCCCUCUACCACUCCCAGUCACCCGAGAGCCUGUUCACGCACAUCCCCGGUCUACGGGUGAUCAUGCCACGGUCACCUCUACAGGCCAAGGGUCUGUUGCUGGCGGCUAUACGCAGCAAUGACCCGUGCAUCUUCAUGGAGCCCAAGAUUCUGUACCGCGCAGCCGUCGAGCAGGUGCCCACGGGGUCGUACACUCUACCGUUAUCCAAGGCGGAGGUCCUGAAGGAGGGCAAGGAUGUGACGAUUAUCUCGUACGGACAGCCGCUGUUUACGUGCAUGUCAGCCAUCCAAAAGGCCGAGGAGGAGCUGGGCAUCUCUGUCGAGCUCAUCGAUCUCAGGACGCUGUAUCCCUGGGAUAAGGAGACGGUGUUUCAGAGCGUGCGCAAGACGGGUCACUGCAUCGUGGUGCACGAGGCGAUGGUGAAUGCUGGUAUCGGUGCUGAGGUUGCUGCCACGAUCCAGGAGGAUCCUGAUACCUUUUUAAGGCUGGAGGCGCCGGUUGCAAGAGUUGCUGGAUGGAGCAUCCACACUCCGUUGCUUUAUGAGAAGUUUAACAUUCCUGAUGUUGCUAGGGUUUAUGACAACAUCAAGCGGGUUCUGGAUUAUUGA